UGGGCUGCAGGAGAGGAGAGAUCCAUCAUUUAUCUCUGAGUUAUCUCUGACUGGAGCUUUUUUAUAAUUCAACACUAUAUAUACAUCCACCACCACCACCAUGGCUAAGCAGUACGAUGUGCUCUUCCGACUCCUGCUCCUCGGAGAUUCUGGUGUUGGGAAAACAUGUUUGUUAUGCAGAUUCACGGACAACGAAUUUCACCCUUCUCACAUCUCCACCAUCGGAGUCGACUUCAAAAUGAAGACACUAGUAAUAGAUGGUAUCAAAGUACGGAUACAGAUAUGGGACACUGCAGGCCAAGAAAGAUACCAGACCAUCACUAAGCAGUACUACAGACGAGCACAGGGAAUCUUCCUGGUGUAUGAUAUCACAAGUGAGCGAUCCUUCCAGCACAUCAUGAAGUGGGCCAGUGAUGUGGAUGAGUACGCUCCCGAGAAGGUGCGGAAGAUCCUCGUAGGGAACAAGUCAGAUGAGGUGGACAAGAGGCAGGUGGCCACAGAGCAAGGUAUCAAGCUGGCCAAGGCUUAUGGAAUGGACUUCUUUGAGACAAGUGCCUUCACCAACCAAAACAUAACAGAGACUUUCACGCGAUUGGCUGAACAGGUGCUGGCAGCCAAUAAAAAGGACCUGGAUCUUCUCCGGAUGUCCACUAAUGACGAGAUUAAUCUUGCUGCUCUGGAGGAAGAGGAAGGACUCUGUGACAGCGUGGCAGGCGACCAAGACAAAGGCUGCUGGUGUUAAAAAGAAACUAUUCAAGUUAGUGUUACUGUUAUCGCCAGACACUCUGCACUAACUGGGCAAAAUGUGUCCCCCUUUUGUCGAAAAAACAAAGAGGAUCAUCGAGCUGCGACUUUUAAAACCAGCUAUGUUCCUCUGUUUCACAUGAGCAACGCCAAAAAAAUGCUAACGAGCCGUUUGAGAGCAGUUUCAAGGACAAAGGUGGAAACAUUUUGCCGCUCUGUGCCAAGUGUUUGGUGAACUGAAGGUCCAAAAUGUCAAGGUUUCCCUCGGUGGGACCGAAUGUUCAUUGUCUAAAAGCACUGUUUCCUGCUCCGUUCAGUGUGUCUUUGAAAUGCAAAUCCCCGUCCGCUACAAAUUCUGCGAUUGACGUACAGUUGAAAAGACUUAAAACUUCCAGGAGAGCUGGAGACGGAGAUUUUAUCAUGUUUUUCUUACAGGAUUUGUACAGUGUCUUGAUGUAGAGGAAAGACUUGGGAUUGUCCACCACUGACUUGAAACUUUUUCUCAAUGUUAUAUUUCACAUUAUUUUUCCAAGCGCUGUCUCAGAUAUUGAUCAUGGGGCUGGCUGCCUUGCUAAUCAACAAUGUUGAUUGAUUACAUCUGGCCUUCAUCCACUCCUUUAGUGUUUUCCUUUAUGUGGGUAUUAGCGCUCCUGCACCCAUAGCCUUUCUACCAGGGGUCAGCAACCUGCGGCCGUACUUGCCAACCCUCCCAAUUUUCCCACGUUUUCCUCCUUGGGUCACAAUUCUCCCGCAUUUCUCUGGCAGUUUUUCACACCUUUCUUUCCUUUUCGUUAUCUCAACAUGUUUCUGGCACUAUACAGCGUGUAUAAUCCCUACUGUUUCCACCUGGACAACAAUACAGCCACACCAAAUGUCGUUUCCCGGCGGACGGGCGAGCUUGCCACACCACGGCAUGAUUUGAGCCGUCAUGGCGCAAGCUGUUGGAAAUGACGCGGUUUCAGAGCGCAGUGGUGCCGUUGUUGCGUUGUGUCUUUCAGUGAGUGAGAGAAGGAAUAAUACUCAAGCAGGGGCAAAACAAUUUAUGAAUGAAUAAAAACUGAUGAUUA